GGAUUUCGUGUAUCUAUCUAAACGAGUGAGUGAGUGUGAGUGACAGGAUGCUCUCGUGGAAAGUUGUGUUGUUUGUAUUGUGAGCUUAGAAAUGGUGGGUUUCAGAGAGUGUUUGUUGUGAGAAAGUGUUUGUUGGGUUGGGUUGGUUGAUUGGGAAUGGCGGUCGCAAUGACAAGUAAUGAAGAUGGAAGCGGGAUGGAUCCCAAGCUGUGGGGCGAGCUUGGUAACCACAUCGAACUGGCGAAGAACAUCUACUCGAAGCUGCCGAUCCAAGAGUUUUGCCGGCUACGCGUGGUUUGCAAGGAGUGGAAUCGUUUGUCCCGCGAUCGAAAGUUUCUCGAGAGCUGCUACACGAGUCCCAUUCCGAAGCCUUACUUCUGUUUGAGGGCUGAAGGGAAGGACAGGCUGCACGCCUUAUUGUCUUGCGACGCCGGGUCCAAGCGCUGGAAUUGUACACGACUUUUUAAUAUAGAUUAUCGCUCUGGAAUUCUCGAUGUGAACGGAAUGAUUUACAGCAUCAGCUGCAAUGAUUAUGGUGGACAGGAGGUCUAUAACGUGCAUACGAGGUAUGCUCAUUCACUGCCUCUUCCCUUGGAGAAAUCGUUGGAUCUUCCAUUCGCCGCCCUCAAAGUCGACAAAUCGAUUCACCCUUACGAGUAUGUGGUUGCCUAUGGGAACAACUGGAUACCCACUCAAGUUUACGACUCCAUGACGAACUCCUGGACGGCGAAGCCAGGUAACAGGCCUGUCAUGGGACCUGGGCGAGCCAAUUGCGCAGAGUGUAACGGCAUCAUGUACAUUAGGUCAGAACUGGAUGAGAUGACGACCUACGAUUUGGAGAAAGACGAGUGGGCAUAUAUGGAUCCUCCAGGGGGAGACUGCGACGACUACUUGCGUAGCAUUGGAGUGUGGCAGGGACGGCUAUAUGACGUGUGUGUGGAAAUUGACAAGAAAUUGAUCACUGCGUGGGAGCUUGGCGAUCGCUCUACUUCGGAAUGGAAGCCCUACGCGCGCAUGCCGGAGGAUCUUUUCACGUAUAUAGCCUAUGGCGAUAACCCGGAUCCCCCUGUAGAUCCUAGUGACAUACAGAUUUUGACAAAUUUCUGCGAUGAGUAUGUGCUUGUGUGGACUUGGCUGAUGGAAGAGAACCUGGCGGAGAGGUUUGUUAUGUUCAAUUUGGAUACCCAUGUUUGGGAAAAAGUGGAUAUACCGUGGGGUUCCUGUUCACUUGACAAGUUCCAAGUCCUAUGGAUAAUCGCUGCAUCGGUUCAUGGACCCUAGUUUGCUUGCGUUUUAGUGAAUGCCCUCAUCAGUGAAGGCUUGGUCACAGCUCCAGGGAUAGUUACCUGCAACUCGAGAAAUCACGGCAGAUGUGCUCAAAUCAGGGUCUCAUGAUUUUCUUGGAGGAAAUGCAAUCGGAGAAUCUGGAAGUAAAAAAUAUGUUCUACAAAUUAUGAAUUUUUAAUUUUGGAUGUUUUCUCUUGGUUUUGUAUCUGUAGAAGGCGCGAAACGGGUACAAACAAAUCCAAAACAUGUGCGAGGAGGAACCGUUUUAGGGUGUAUUUAGGCAGUGUUGCGGCACUUGGGCCUGAACAUCAAUGUACCAGUGCAUUUGGAUGAAAUACACCAGGUGCAUGACAUUCUACGAUUCGUGUGGAUCGGCACUUGAUAAGAUCCAUGCAUGAAAUAUCUCUAUUUUACUCUA